AUGGGUAAUAAUAGCACGAAGAUACUCAGAUCACAUACAUGGUUUGAACAAUUACCUACUGAAAUAAUCUUAGAAAUAUUUGAUUAUUUAUCAUGUAAUGAUAUUAUUUAUUCAUUUUUUUAUUUAACUGAACGAUUAAAUAAAUUCAUUUUACAACAUCAACGUUAUUUAAGUUUAGAAUUACCAAUAUCAAAUUCAAUCUUUUGGAGAAAUAUUUUCUCAGAAGUUGGUUCGAAAAUUCAAUCUUUGAAAAUUCUUAAAAAUGAUCCAUCUAUUUCAUUAAAAUUAUUUCCAAAUUUAAAAUCAAUUAUUAUAUCUUCACCAUAUAAUUUAGCAGAAGGACAAUUAGAAUUAAUCGUAAAAAGUAAUCAAUUUAAAAAAUUACAUUCAUUAAAAAUAAAAUCCAAUGAAUUAUAUUUUACACCAUUAUUUUAUGAUUAUUCGCUUCAUCAAGAACUUUUAUUACAAAAAGUAUUUAAUAAUGAAAACUGUUUGAAUAUAUUUGAAUAUUCAUCUUGUAUUCAAUCAUUCUCAUUAAAACCUAUUAAUAAUUUAAAAUUAAAUUUAAAUCUUCACUCAUUAAUACUAAAUUUAAGACAAUUUAUGGAUUUAUUUUCUAUUAUUGAAUAUACACCUAAUUUAAAAUAUUUAAAUAUUAAAUCAAAUCCACCAUAUGAAUUUCAUGGACAAAAUCAAUGGUCGAAUAAUAUGAAAAUUAAAUUAAAACAAUUCUAUUUGACAUUCAAUGAUACAAUGUAUGAUACGAAUAGAUUUACUGCUAGACGAAUAGAUUUUCAUCAAUUAAUAAAUGUUAUAACACAAUUUUCAUCAUCAUUAUUUUGUUUAUCAUUAAAUUUAAUUGGUUGUUAUAUAACAUCAUCAAAUGAUUUUCCUUUCAAUGGUAUUCAACUUCAGCAACAAUUCUUACAAUUAAUGACACAACUUAAACAAUUUCAUCUACAUGCAGUACUAACUCAAGAUAGAAUUGAUGUGAAAAGAAUUUUAUUAACAUUUCGAAAUGAAUUUUGGUUUGAUCAUAAUUGGAUAAUUGGAAUGCAUGAUAAAUAUUUAUAUACAUUACCAUUUCAUUUUGAUAAACUCUAUGAUUUUAUUGAUUUUGAUCAUAUUUAUUCUAAUAGUUCAACGAUUCUUAUGAAUAAUCCUGAUAUAUGGUUCAAUGUCAAAUAUAUUAAAUUUAAAAAAUUUAAUUUAAAUCUUUUGAAAUUAAUUAAAAUUCACAUGCCAAAAUUACUUGUAAUAUCUAUUGAUUAUUUUAAUGAUUCUGAAAACACAGAAGAUCUUAAUAUAAUUCAAAAUAAAACCAAUAACAUUGAUAUAAUAUUAGAUCGUAUAACAACUGUUCAUUUAACUUGUGGAUCAUUAGAAAAUGAAAAACAAUGGUUAAUGAAUUCAUUACCAAACUUGAAACAUUUAAUUUUAACUAAUACAGAAUUACCUUUAUUAAAAAGUGAAUUUACUUUUAAAUUAAAUGAAAAAAUUGAACGAUUGGUUAUAGAUGGAAAUUUAAUAGUUGAACAAUUUGGAAAACGAAGUUAUAUUUAUUUUUCAAAUCUUCAAGAUCUACAAUUGAAAUUCGACUGGAGAUUUAGUUCUAACAUUUAUGAUUGGUAUGCAGAUACUGUAAUGAAAUUCUUAAAAUAUUUUAAAAACUUAAAAACUUUGUCCAUUUCGUUUAAUCCGUUUAUAUUUGAAUUAACAAGAUCUGCUCCAGAACUAGAAUUGAAGAAGAUUCUUGUAAGAUUAGAUAAGAAUGAAAUUGAGAAAACAUAUGAAAUGAAAUAUCUUCGUGAAUAUCUUAUUUUUUCAAAUAGAAGAUUAUUUAUGUAA